AUGCCGUCCCCCGGCACGCCGGCCUGGUUCAUGGCGGCGUCGCACUCCGCCAACGACGCGGCCCACAACCUGACGCACGUCGCGCUGGUCGCCGAGGAGGCCACCAAGUACAUGGCGCAGGCGCUGGAGCUGUCCCCCGACCAAGUGCGGCUGGGCGGGCCGUCCAUGGACGUGACCAACACGACGCUGGGCCGCGGCUGCCCGCUGCCGCGCGAGGCGCCCUGCCCGCCGAGGAAGUACCGCGCCUACUCGGGCCACUGCAACAACGUGCAGCGACCACUGUGGGGCGCGGCCAACACGCGGUACUCGCGCUUCCUGUCCCCGCAGUACUCCGACGGCGUGUCGCUGCCCCGCGGCGCGGUGGGCGGCCUGCCGUCGGCGCGCUCCGUGUCGCUGGCCGUGCACCGGGACUCGGACCGGCCGCACCUCCACGUCGUCACCCUGCUGCCCGUGUGGGCCGACCUGCUGGCGCACGACCUGGCGCACACGCCGCAGAUGGGCGGCUUCGGCGGGCGCCCCAUCAAGUGCUGCGGCGUGGACUUCAGCGAGUUCCACCCCGAGUGCUUCCCCAUCCGGCUGCCUGACGACGACCCCGUGUUCAGUCCCGAGCGGGAGCGGUGCCAGGAGUACGCGCGGUCCGCCGCGGCGCCCCGCACCGGCUGCACCCUGGGCCCCCGCGAGCAGCUCAACCAGGCCACCUCCUUCCUGGACGGCUCCGCCAUCUACGGCUCCUCCCGCGAGAUGGCGCUGCGUCUGCGUGAGCUCCGCGGCGGCCUGCUGCGCACGCAGCCCGGCCCCGACGGCCCCCUGAUGCCGUCCGACGACGUGCGCGACGACUGCCGCGCCAACCGCGGCAAGCACCGCUGCUUCCUGGCGGGCGACAUGCGCGCCAACGAGCACCUCGGCGUGGCGGGCAUGCACACCGUGCUGGUGCGCGAACACAACCGCGUGGCGCGCGAGCUGGGCGUCAUCAACCCGCACUGGGCCGACGAGACCCUGUUCCAGGAGGCGCGGCGCGUCGUGGCCGCCGAGCUGCAGCACAUCACGUACAGCGAGUUCCUGCCCGUGCUCCUGGGCCAGACCGCCCUGGACGACUACGGGCUGCGGCCCAUGAAGUCGGGCUUCUACUCCGGCUACGACAUCGACCUCAACCCCAGCGUGGCCAACGUGGUGGCGGCGGCGGCGCUGUGGUACUCGGCCACGCUCAUGCCGCGCAGCAUGACGGAGUACGACAAGUCCGGCGGCAAGGUCCGCGAGGCGUCGCUGGCCGCCUCGUUCUACGCGCCCUUCGGCCUGCACACCCGCGGGGCGCUGGCCGGCCUGAUGCGCGGCCUGCUCCGGGACCGCGCGCAGCAGCCCGACUCGCACAUCAGCUCCAUCAUGACCAACUCGCUGUUCCAAGCGCCCGGCCAGCCCGGGCCCGGCCUCGACCUCGCCGCGCAGCUGAUCCAGCAAGGCCGCGACCACGGCCUGCCGCCUUACGGGGACUGGGUGGCCUUCUGCGGCGGCGAGGCCAGCCGGCCGCGGUCCUUCCACGACCUGGAGCCGCGCAUGGGCGUGGAGGCGGUGAACGCGCUGCGCUCCGUGUACGCCAACGUGAGCGACGUGGACCUGCUGCCGGCCGCGCUGUCCGAGUACCCGUCGCCCGGCGCGCUGCUGGGGCCCACGCUCACCUGCCUGCUGGGCCGCCAGUUCCACUACCUGCGCCGCGGCGACCGCUUCUGGUACGAGAACGACCUGCCGCCGUCGUCGCUGACCGCGGCGCAGCUGCACGCCGUGCGCGGCGCGUCGCUGGCCAGGCUGCUGUGCGACAACGCGGGCGUGAGCCACGUGCAGCCCAACGCCUUCAUCGCCGCCGACCCCUUCCUGAACUACGAGGCGCCCUGCGACGGCGAGGUGAUCCGGCGCGUGCCGCUGGACGCGUGGCGCGCCGAGCGGCCCUACGCGCUGCCCUUCACGCUCGUCAACCGCACGCUGCUGGAGGACGCCCUGGCCCAGGCGCACCGCAGGGUGGACGACGUGCACGAGGCCGAGCGCCAGCUGUGGCGCCAGCGCCGCCUCGUGGACCCCAACUCCCAGGAGGGCGUCAACCUGCUGGGCUUCUCCCGGCCCCGCCGCCAGGCCCUGUCCAUCGCCAACACCUCCCUCGUGCUGGAGUUCGCCACGGCCAGAUUCGUCAGCGGCUUCCUUGAGGGGCACCUCCAGGACGUGGAGGGCGGCGCCAGCGUGCCGUUCACGCGACGCGGCUCGUCGGGCGCCCCGGAGGACGUGCAGCAGCUGCAGCAGCUGCUGUCCGCCCUGUCCACGGUGGACGUCUCGCAGUCGCUGGCCUGGCCGCGCGACGAGUCCUGCGACGAGCUGAGCCUGCCGUGCGACCCCAGCCGCCGCUACCGCAGCUACACCGGCUGGUGCAACAACAUGCGGCACCCGCACCAGGGCAAGAGCCUGCGCGCCUUCAACCGCCUCCUGGCGCCGCACUACGCCGACGGCGUGGGCGCGCCGCGCCAAAAGUCCGUGACGGGGCAGCAGCUGCCCAGCCCGCGCCUCGUGUCCUUCAACAUGCACCCCAACACCAGCUACCCCCACGUGCGCUACGCCCUCAUCGUCAUGCAGUUCGCGCAGAUCAUGGACCACGACCUCACCAACACCCCCGUGUACCAGGCCCACGUCGGCGACGGCGUGCUGGUGUGCCGGCCCUGCGACUCGGCCCGCACCGUGCACCCGCUGUGCUUCCCCAUCCCCAUCCCGGACGACGACCCCUUCUACCCGUCGCGCAACGCGUCCGGACACCCGCUCUGCCUGCCCGUCACCCGCUCCACCCCCGGACAGCUCACGCUCGGCCACCGCGAGCAGCUGAACCAGCUGACGGCCUACAUCGACGGCUCCUUCAUGUACGGCUCGGACCCCUGCACGGCGCAGUCCCUGCGCGCGCCGGGCGGCGGCCGGCUCAACGUGACGCAGCACCCGGCGGGCCGUGGCCUCAAGCCGCUGCUUCCGCAGAUCAACAACCACCCCGAGUGCAAGGCGCCGUCGGGGCUGUGCUUCUUCGCCGGCGACCCGCGCUCCAGCGAGCAGCCCGGCCUCACCACCAUGCACACGCUGUGGCUGCGCGAGCACAACGUGGUGGCCGAGCGCCUGGAGCAGAUCAACCCGCACUGGUCGGACGAGACGCUGUACCAGGAGGCGCGUCGCAUCGUCACCGCCCAGUUCCAGCACAUCGCCUUCAACGAGUGGCUGCCACGCAUCCUGGGCUUCCCCGGCGCCGAGCGCUUCGGCCUCAAGCUGCAGAGCGAGGGCUACUACGACGGAUACGACCCUAGCUGCGACGCCACGCUGGUCAACGAGUUCUCCUCCGCGGCCUUCCGCUUCGGACACAGCCUGCUGCAGCCGCACUUCGUCCGCAAGGACGUCAACUACCGCACCGUGGAGCCGCCCGUCCGCCUGCGCGACCACUUCUUCAACUCGGACGUCAUCCUGCAGCCCGGCAUGGUGGACGAGAUCGUGCGGGGGCUCGUCAGCACGCCCAUGCAGACCCUGGACCAGUUCAUCACCACCGAGGUCACCAACCACCUGUUCGAGCACCGCCGCCCCUACAGGCCCUUCUCCGGGUUCGACCUGGUGGCCAUCAACAUGCAGCGCGCCCGCGACCACGGCGUGCCCGGCUACAACAACUACCGCGAGCUGUGCAACCUGACGCGCGCCAAGACGUUCGACGACCUGAGGGGCGACAUGCCCCCCGAGCAGGUGGAGGUGCUGCGCAGCCUGUACGCCAGCCCCGACGACAUCGACCUGUUCCCGGGCGGCAUCAGCGAGUACCCGCUGCCCGGCGGCGUCAUCGGCAAGACGUUCGCCUGCAUCGUGGGCGGACAGUUCUCCCGGCUGCGGCGCUGCGACCGAUUCUGGUACGAGACCUCCGACCCGCUGCUCCGGUUCACGGAGGGACAGCUCACGGAGAUCCGGCAGACCUCGUUGGCGAGGGUCGUGUGCAACAACCUGGACCGCAUCGACAGGAUCCAGCGCAACGUGUUCGACCUCCCGGACCCCUUCCUCAACCCGCUGGUGACGUGCGCCGACAUCCCCGCCAUGGACCUGAGCGAGUGGGUGGAGCGGCCUACGUGUAACGUGGGCCGCCUCGAGAUCCCCGUCGGCGACUCCGCCAAGCUGUCACCCUGCGUGCAGUGCUCCUGCACCCGGGAAGGGCCCGUCUGCCAGUCGCUGCGCGUCACCAACUGCGUGCAGCUGACGGAGAGCACGGACCUGCGCGCCCUGCUGGCGGACGACGUCUGCCGCGUGCAGUGUGCCUUCCUGCUGCGCGCCGCCCCCAAGCACGCCCUGGGCGAGGACGACGCCCUGCAGCGCCUGCAGCGAUGAGCCGGCCGGCCACCACCGCCACCACCCUGUACCUGACUACCUGACGAAGAGGCGAAGGAGCCAAGAAGACGGUGAUAGUAAACGUAUAACGCGAAAACGCGAAGGAGGGGAGGGACAGGCAGCCUAGUUUUCUGAAUCAGUCCUCUUUCAUUUUGGUGUCCCUCCCCUUCUCCCUCCCCACUCCCCUACACUGCCCCUGCCCCUUCCUCUCCCCCGUCCCAUCCCCUUCCCACCCCCUUCCCUCUCCACAA